GGCCAAUAUCACAUCGUUGACGGCUCUGCACUUAAUUCUUACAGUAUUACUUUGUAUGACGAAUGUAGUUGUUUUCUAUCUGAUCAGGAUGUUCCCAGUUUCCUGACCAUGCAUAGUUUAAUCGGUACCAGGGCCAAUAUCACAUCGUUGACGGCUCUGCACUAUCCGCCUGUACCUGAACACGUUAGCGAGGGGCAGCUUCGCUGUGGCGAGCACACCGACUUCGGCACCAUCACUUUGCUUUUUCAGGACGAAGUUCCCGGGCUAGAGGUUCUAAACCGCCACGGCAGGUACAUCCCCGCCCCUCCCCUCCCAAACACGGUGGUCGUCAACAUCGGAGACCUCAUGCAACGGUGGACCGCUGACGGAAUCGUAUCAAACAAGCAUCGCGUGGUCUUGCCGGAUACGGAAGCGCUGCGGAAAGUUUCUCGCAGGUCUCUCGCAUUCUUCGUGAACCCAAACGAUGACGCCGUCAUCACAUGUCUGGAUGACUCCGGCAAAUACGAACCAGUUAAUGCUGGAGAAUACGUUAAAGGCAAAAUAGCGGCACUGACGAAAGAGUAGGGCCAUUUAUAUUGUCCUUCACGGAGGGAAAUCGUAUUGUUAUUACUCUGUUUGAUAUUCUUCUUCUCCAAAAACAUAAGGUCAAUGACCUGGACCAGACGCUAUAGCGGAGUUGGGUGAUGAUGUACAUUAUGGUGCAAGUUGCAGGACAGAGUUGGAGCGUGUAGCGUCAUACGUAUGUACACGGUCGGAGUGGCAAGGAUCCAUCCCUUUCUUCUUCGUAACUAGCUGCUACUGCUGCAAAGUGAAAUAUAUCCCGCAUACUAAGUUAUGCAGUUUUUAACUUGUGUGCUAGAGGACGCUUUAACGCAGACCGUUCGAAAGCGUCCUCUAGCGUCAAAGUAAAGAACUACACAAGGUAGUGAGGGUGACUAGCCUGCACGUUACUAAGCAUGCUUCAAGUGUUGAAACUGUUCAUAUAGGAACAGGUAGUCUAGACCUUGCGUAUGUAACCAUAUAGUGAAUAUGCACUACUAAAGA